CACACCAACACUUCUCUCUGCACAGCGAGGAGACUCUCAGAAGCUGCAGAGACCUCUGGCCAGAAAGAUGAAGAAGAUGAAGAGGGCACUGCUGAUUGUUCCCAUUGCACUGGUGGUCUUGGGUUUAGGGUUCAUGUAUAACGGUGACACAGAUAUGAUCACAAGUAAAAGAUCAUCAAAGACUACUACUUUAAAAACUCCAACCGUGACGCCUGAUUCUGCAGAAGAGCAAUGGACUACAGGGUCUCCUCAGUCAAAUUUAGAUGGGAAGAUGGUCACGUUGUCUCGUAAUGGAGGAGGAAUAGCUUUCUAUCCCACUUAUUACAUUAAUUCCUCUGAUUCCAAUUCGGAGUACCAAACUUCUCCACCCCCAACUCGUCCUUACCCCUAUCGUCUCUACCCUUAUGGAUUCUACCCAACUCGUCCCUCCUACUAUUCAAACUACGGCAAUCGAUUCUACCCCACUCAACCCUACCGCAAUCAAUUCUACUUCAAUAAACCCUACCGCAAUCGAUUCUACCCCACUCAACCCUACCCCUAUCGAUUCUACCCCACUCAAGCCUACCGCAAUCGAUUCUACCCCACUCAAGCCUACCGCAAUCGAUUCUACCCCACUCAAGCCUACCGCAAUCGAUUCUACCCCACUCAAGCCUACCGCAAUCGAUUCUACCAGACUGAAGCCUACCGCAAUCGAUUCUACCCCACUCAACCCUACCCCGAUAAUUUCUACCCCACUCAACCCUACCCCGAUCGAUUCCUCCCCACCACUCCCUACCCCCGUCCAUACACCACCCGUCCCUACCGCACCACUCGCUACACCACCACUCCUCCCACUCUAUACCCCAACACAACGCACUACCCCCGUCCCUACCGUACCACUCGCUACCCUUAUUGGACCACGGCACCUACCACUACUGGUGUGUCAGUGUGCGUGCGUUACCUCACCGACUUUGAGCAGGCACAAUACCCCACCCUCUUCACCCUGAGUCCGGCCAGCAGAACCGCUCUGAGGCUGGCAGUCAGGCCCACUGGUUGGUAUACGCUGUCCUGGGACAGAUUCAGUUACUACAGACUGAACUUAAAAUCCGACAAUAGGUUCUGGUCAAACAUUGGACCGGAGCUCUGGACCAGAGUCUGCCUCACAGUGGACACCAUUAAGAAUGUGGCCCAGGUGUUCAGCGGCUCGACCAUGAGCAUCAGGAAGAUGCUGCCUAUUAAGUAUGUGUGGUCAGGUGAGCCAGUGAUUGAGAUGGCAGGUUUUGACGGUCAGGUGACAGAUGUCCAGAUGUGGGAUUAUCCUCUCCCCUACAGCGAAAUCUUCAACUACAUGAGCGGCGGUGUCUACGGGCAGUACCACGGCUCCGUCCUCACCUGGUCCAACAUCGGAUAUAAUCUCAGAGGUAAUACGCUGUUGGAGAAAAGGUACGAGUUUCAGGAAGACGAGAAGAGCAGCGAGAAAAGCAGAGAGAAGAGCAGCAAAAAGGAAAAGAAGCAUCGUUCAAAGGGGGAGAAGAAGACCAGGAAGCUUUUGAAAGAAAUAAGGAGAGAUAGAAAGAAAUUGUCACAGCUUUAAUAAUACAUGUGAGAAUGUGUCCUCUGUUUGAUAUUCAAAAAUGUACCAACAGGGGCUUCAAUGCUUUCGAGCUUCUUUUGUACUUUGCUUACAACAUUGUAAUUGCAAUCCCUGCCAUCAUCUGAGCUUUCUCUAAUUGUGGCCGGGGUUUUAUUUUUAUAUACAUUGUACAGCUGAGGUGUAUUUUCAUCAUACAUUUUAUGUUACUAUGGUUUCAUGCUGACUAUGCAGGCCAAUGUUGUGCUGAGCUGUUUUUUUUUACAAAAAACCCCAAAUAUACUCGUAUUAAAAGUAUUACAGAUGUUACCGAUUUGAUAAGUUCAUGUAAUUAUAUCUACAAUCUUAACAGCGCCAAUAACAGAAUAAACAACAUUAUAUUGCUCUUUUAAAUGUUUCCUAAUUUUUGUAAUUGUUAAAAAAACAAUAAUAAAGACAUUGCCAAGAGAA